AUGGGUUCGACAUUUCUGCUCGUUCUGUUCUGGCUGCUCUUCCUUUCACUUUUGGUGAAUGCUGCAGAUCUCUACAAAGCUCUCGAGCUUUCUAGUUCAGCCUCCGAGCAGGACAUCAGGAAGGCUUAUAAGCGGCUUAGUCGGAAGUAUCACCCGGAUAAGAACAAGGAUCCAGGCUCAGAGGAAAAGUUCGUAGAGAUUGCACACGCAUACGAGAUCCUCUCGGACCCUCAGAAAAAGCAAAUAUACGAUCGACAUGGAGAGGCGAGUGUGCUUAACGAGGUUAUUUGUCGCCUUCAGGAGGGCCUUAAGGCGAAUGAGGGCGGCCAACAUUAUGCAAAUCCGUUCGACCUCUUCUCGAACUUCUUUGGCGGUGGUCACCCGGCGAAUCAACAGCGCAGGGGCCCCAACUCCGUUUCCGACAUGGAAGUCAGCCUGUCGGACUUGUACACAGGCGCAAACAUCGACUUCAUGGUGAAGAAGCGAAUCUUAUGCGAUCACUGCCGUGGCACCGGCGCUGCCUCCACUUCGGACGUCCACACCUGCCCGGUCUGCGGUGGCAGCGGCGUGCAGGUCAUCCGCCAGCAGAUCAUGCCAGGCAUGUACAGCCAGGCGCAGGUGACCUGCGGCUCCUGUGGCGGGCAGGGCAAGACCAUCGGCCGCAAGUGUCCGCAUUGCUCUGGCGCUAAGGUCCUCGAUCACACGCAGCACUACACGCUCGAGGUGCCCAAGGGUGCAUCGGAGGGCCAUGAAGUCGUAUUUGAGGGCGAGGGCGACGAGAGCCCAGACUGGGAAGCGGGAGAUAUCGUCAUUCGCGUGCGGAGCAGGAGGGACAAGGGAGGCUGGAGGCGUAAGGAGUCUGGGUUGUACUGGAAGGAAACGAUUGGGGUCGAAGAAGCGCUGCUAGGAUUCGAACGCAAUCUCACACAUCUAGAUGGACACAUCGUACAGCUCAAACGACAUGGCGUGACGCAACCAGGAUUUGUGCAGACAAUCAAGGGCGAGGGCAUGCCAAUCUACGAGCAGGAAGGUGCUUUCGGUGAUCUAUACGUAGAAUACAACGUCAUUCUGCCCAAUGAGAUCGGCCCAGACAUGAAGCGACGUGCGUAG